GGGACGAUUCUUCAGGAACAACAACGCGGCUACUCUUUCAACCACGUCGGUAGCUUGCUAGCCAACAUAAAACUGAAAGAUUGACGUUUUAGGCCAUGUUAAUGUGCAUUAGCUAAUCGCAGUGUUUAAAACACAUUUCAGUUAACUUGAACCUAAUUUGCUUGUUCAAUUUGCAAAUUUGUUAAAGAUUGAUACUGAGCCUAGCACUAGGCUAUUCGCUAAUGCUAACUAGCUAGCUAACAUCCCUGACCAUGAGCUCAUUAAACUACUCAUCCCCUGCUAAAGAAGUGGAUGUCUGCUGUCCGGAGAAAGAAGCUCUGGCGCUGAACAUUGUCGUGAAAGAUGAAGAGGAUGAUAUUACAGUGAAAGGAGAGAAAGAAGCUCUGGCGCUGAACAUUGUCGUGAAAGACGAAGAGGAGGAUAUUACAGUGAAAGGAGAGAAAGAACCUUUCAGAAUGGAAGAGGAGGCUGUUAUAGGGAAAGAAGAGAAAGCAUCCUCUUCUUCUCUAAAAGGUUCUAUCUCAGUAAAGGUGAAGGAGGAAGACGUUUUGGGAGUGAAAGAGGAGGAGACAGAAUAUCAGAUUAACACCAGAGAGAGACAUGACUAUUGUGGAUCCUCUGGGGAGCCUCAACAACAUCCUGAUGCUGACGAGACAGAGAAGAGUCUCUCCAGAUCAGAACACCAGAUGGACAACGCUAGCCCUUCCUCCCUCCCGGAGUCCCCGUGUCGUGCCUCUCCUGGUUGCACCUUACUGCUGGGUAUGAAGAGGUUGUCUGUGCUGCGGGUGGACUGCAGGAAAACAACGGGGCUGAGUGGAACUGUGAGAGGAGGAGAAGAGAAGAAAGGAUCAGAUUUGACUCAUCAAAGAGAGAGACAUGACUAUCGUGGAUCCUCUGGGGAGCCUCAACAACAUCCUGAUGCUGACGAGACAGAGAAGAGUCUCUCCAGAUCAGACCACCAGAUGGACAACACCAGCCCUUCCUCCCUCCCGGAGUCCCUGUGUCGUGCCUCUCCCGGUAGCACCUUACUGCUGGGUAUGAAGAGGUUGUCUGUGCUGCUGGUGGACUGCAGGAAAACAACGGGGCUGAGUGGAACUGUGAGAGGAGGAGAAGAGAAGAAAGGAUCAGAUUUGACACAUCAAAGACAAUGACCCAACACACCUCCAGGCUGUGUAAGAGCUAUUUUACCAAGAAGGAGAGUGAUGGAGUGCUGCAUCAGAUGACCUGGCCUACACAAUCCCCCGACCUCAACCAAAUCAAGAUGGUUUGGGAUGAGUUGGAUCGCAGAGGUGAAGGGAAAGCGGCCUACAAGUUCUCAGCAUAUGUGGGAAUGCCUACAAGACUGUUGGAAAAGGAUUCCAGGUGAAGCUGUUUGAGAGAAAGCAAGGGUGGCAACUUUUGAAGAAUAAAAUAUAUAUUUUGAUUUAA